GAAACCUGUCUCUUAAAAAAACUGAUCAGUUACGAAGGGAAAUAGCCAUAGCCAUAGCCAUAGCCAUGGCUACUCUGAGCUUCAACACCACCAGAAUCAGAACCCCAACGUUCAAAUAUUCCAACCCCAUCUCCAAAUUCACCUCAUGCACCAUUUCUUCCAACAAAAAAAGAAACCACCCAAAACUCAUUCACUUUCGAACCUGUUCGGUGUCUGAGAGCUCAGUGUCAACCGAGAAAGAAGAAGAAGAAGAAAAGGAAGAGGUUUUUGAAGAUGAAGAAGACGACCCAACUGCGGAAAUGAGCUAUCUUGAUCCAGAAACUGACCCUGAGAGCAUAUCAGAGUGGGAACUGGACUUCUGCUCCAGACCCAUUCUUGAUAUCAGAGGGAAGAAGGUUUGGGAGUUACUUGUUUGUGACAACUCCCUCUCUUUGCAAUAUACAAAGUAUUUUCCAAAUAAUGUCAUUAAUAGCAUUACUCUCAAGGAUGCUAUUGUUACCAUUUCUGACGAGUUGGGUCUCCCAUUACCUGAAAAAAUUCGCUUCUUUAGAUCACAGAUGCAGACAAUUAUUACGAAAGCGUGUAAGGAGCUUGGCACAAAACCUGUUCCUAGUAAACGGUGCUUGUCGUUACUUCUAUGGCUAGAGGAGCGCUAUGAGACAGUAUAUAUGAGGCAUCCUGGAUUUCAAAAAGGAUUCAAGCCUCUUUUGGCACUAGAUAAUCCUUUUCCCAUGGAACUUCCAGAGAAUCUUUUCGGGGAGAAAUGGGCAUUUGUCCAAUUACCUUACUCAGCUGUUCAAGAGGAGGUAUCAUCCUUAGAGUCAAGCUUUAUUUUUGGUGCUGGGCUAGAUCUUGACUUAUUGGGUAUCGAAAUUGAUGACAAGACAUUGAUCCCAGGACUGUCUGUUGCAUCUUCUCGUGCUACAGCAUUAGCAGCUUGGAUGAAUGGAUUGGAGGUUUGUUCUGUGGAAGCAGACACUGCUCGAGCUUGCCUCAUUCUAGCUGCUGGAAUUUCUACUCGGUAUGUAUAUGCCACAUAUAACAAAACUCCUGUGACAACUACUGAAGCUGAAGCUUGGGAAGAAGCUAAGAAAAGUUGUGGAGGUUUGCAUUUCCUUGCCAUCCAAGACGACUUAGAUUCUGAAGAUUGUGUUGGCUUCUGGCUUUUGCUAGACUUGCCAUCUCCACCUGUAUAAUCUUACAAAUGACUAUGGUUGAAUGUUCACUGAACAGGAAUAUUAUGAUAGAAUUAUGAGAUUCCAGAAGUUUUUCUUUGACCCCAAAUCAAAUUCUACCUAAAUUG